AUGGCUCCAAAUUUUAGUAAAAUUACGUCAAGGACAGAUGUGAAACUUGGACUUGCUGCCUCUGCGGCUUUAAGUGCAUGGAUCUUGAGAAAUUUUUUAAAGUCCAAGAAAAAUGUCAAACAAGGUCAAUUAUCACCGGCAGAGACGGUACAAUAUAUGAUAAAAGACAAAGACAGAAAAGGUCCGAAGGCACAAGUUGAUGCACAGUUCUUUGCCGAGCUGAAGUCACUAUGGAAGAUUAUGGUACCUGGUCUUUGGACCAAAGAAAGUGGUUUUAUGGCAUUGAUAGCAUUAUCACUGAUAUCGAGAACAUUGUGUGACCUAUGGCUUAUCCAACAUACAACAUUAGUGGAAGGAUCCAUAAUAACAAUGAAUUUACCAGAAUUCAGAAAACUACUCACUCAGCUGUUCAUAUCGAUGCCGCUGAUAUCUCUAGUGAAUAACAUGCUGAAGUGGAGUAUAGGUGAAGUGAAGCUGCGACUGCGAACUAAUUUAUCAUUACAUCUUUACCAACAAUACCUGAAAGGCUUCACAUACUAUCAGGUGACGAAUCUAGAUAACCGGAUAUCAAAUGCCGAUCAGCUGCUUACUACGGAUAUCGAUAAGUUCUGCGAUACAGUAAUCGAUUUAUACAGCAAUAUAAGCAAACCGAUGCUCGAUAUAUCGAUAUAUUUAUAUCGAUUAACUGUAAAUUUGGGACCAUCGACACCGGGUAUCAUGAUGGCGUACCUAUUAGUCUCUGGUAUAUUUUUGACGUAUCUACGUAAACCAACAGCCAAAAUGACGGUCCAGGAACAAAAAUUGGAAGGUGAAUUCAGAUAUGUUAAUUCUAGACUCAUCACUAACUCAGAGGAGAUCGCGUUUUACCAAGGCAACCAUCGCGAACAGCUGACAAUACUAGCCAGUUUCUACAAGCUGACCAGACAUUUACGUAAUUUCCUCAACUUCCGCGUAAUGAUGGGCUUCAUUGACAACAUCGUAGCCAAAUACAUCGCGAUCACUGUUGGUUUCUACGCCGUGUCGAGACCGUUCUUCGUCAAAGAUCACAACUUGUUGACAACGGGCACGGAACAAGACAGAUUCCAGCACUACUAUACUUAUGGCCGUAUGUUAGUCAAAAUGGCUGAAGGAAUCGGUAGAUUGGUGCUAUCAGGCAGAGAGCUUAGUAAAUUAGCUGGUCUUACAGCUAGAGUGACUCAAUUAAGACAUGUAUUGGAGGAUAUUAAUAAAGGAAACUACAAGAGAACUAUGGUAGAACGACAAGCAAAUGGCAACGGUCCCCCAAUGCUUUUAUCUCCUGGAGCUGGGAAGAUCAUAUACCAGGAUAAGAUCAUACGCUUUGAUAAAGUGCCGCUUGUAACACCAAAUGGUGAUGUGCUCAUCAAAGAAUUAACCUUUGAAGUCAAAUCUGGUAUCAACGUGUUAGUAUGCGGGCCUAACGGCUGCGGUAAAUCUUCAAUGUUCCGUAUGCUGGGUGAGCUUUGGCCUAUCUUCGGAGGAACACUGACUAAGCCGCCCAAAGGAAAACUGUUCUAUGUACCGCAAAGACCAUAUAUGACACUAGGCACAUUCAGAGAUCAGGUAAUAUAUCCCCAGACCCAACAAGAGAUGGUUCGUCGCGGUCGUACUGAUGAGGAGUUACUCAAGUUCUUGGAGAUCGUUCAGCUGUCCUACUUGGUGACCAGGGAAGGAGGCUGGGACGCGGUUGAAGACUGGAUGGAUGUACUCUCCGGGGGGGAGAAGCAGAGAAUAGCGAUGGCGCGGCUGUUCUACCACGCUCCUCAGUUUGCUAUCCUGGACGAGUGUACCAGCGCUGUGUCCGUCGACGUCGAAGGACAAAUGUAUAGAUACUGUAGAGAGAUGGGUAUAUCUCUGUUCACGGUGUCUCACAGGAAGUCUCUCUGGCAGCAUCACGAUCACUUCUUACAGAUGGACGGCCGAGGUGGAUAUGUGUUCGGAGAAAUUGACAAUGAUACACAAGAGUUUGGAUCGUGA